GCGCGCGGGCUCCUCCUCCAGAGAUGUCGCAGGAGCAUCUCCUGUCAGCGCGGCCUUUCUUUGCUCCGCUUCUUUUCUUUGACACCUCGCCGCGUCGGAGCCCGGCGUCUUGAUCAUCUUCUCCAUCUUCGCCAUCUUCCUCUUCAUCAUCACCGGCGGUCCCCGAGCAGCAGCGCUAGCCACUUUGGAUCCACGUCCUGUCUGAAGAAUCGGCUAACUUUUGGCCCCUCUCUCCAUCCGCCGAUCUCCCCUUGACCCCGCGCCCGCGUCCAUGGACUGGCUGUGAACCUGGAGGGAGGGGCGACAGGCGAGACCACGGUGAAGAAAGCUGCGAUCCCGUGGCUCCUGAAGUGCUCCUGCUCGCUGUUCUUCAUCCCCCUCCUCCUCCUCCUCCUCCUCCAGUGAUGGAGAAGUGAAGGAGCAGCAGACGGCGAGGCCGAGGAGGAGUUCAAGCAAUAAGGAGUCAAGGAAGGGGUGAGGCGGGCUGUGGAGCACAUGAACAAGCUGUCAGCAGACACACCAGCGGGUCACUGAGCUGAGGACGGACAAGGAGGGAGGAACGCAACACGGAUCCGCCUCGGGUUAUGUCAACAACGGCGACCAUGGGCGACAUGGGCAACAGCACCGUGGAGUUUUACCCCAAAGGGACUCGCGGGGGAGGAAGGGAAGAGGGUGGCCUCGGCGCGGGAGACUUUGGGGUCACGCUGACGGAACUGAGGGAGCUGAUGGAGCUCAGGGGGAACGAUGCCCUGCAGAAAAUCCAGGACAGCUUCGGAGACACAGAGGGCCUCUGCCAGAGACUACAGUCCAGCACAUCUGACGGUCUCAGCGGGGACCCAGCAGACCUGGAGCGUCGUGGUCAGGUCUACGGCCAGAACUUUAUUCCCCCCAAGAAGCCCAAGACUUUCCUGGAAUUGGUGUGGGAGGCCCUGCAAGAUGUCACGCUCAUCAUUCUGGAGAUCGCCGCCAUCAUCUCUCUCGCCCUCUCCUUCUACCAGCCGCCCGGAGACGAAACCGAGUCGUGCGGCAACGUGUCGGCAGGAGCGGAGGACGAAGGCGAGGGGGAGGCCAACUGGAUCGAGGGCGCCGCCAUUCUGCUGUCGGUGGCGUGUGUCGUCCUGGUGACGGCGUUCAACGACUGGUCCAAAGAGAAGCAGUUCCGGGGCCUGCAGAGUCGAAUCGAGCAGGAGCAAAAGUUCACGGUGGUGCGGAAAGGAAAUGUCAUCCAGAUUCCGGUGGCCGACAUGAUGGUGGGGGACAUGGCCCAAGUGAAGUACGGGGACCUGCUACCAGCCGACGGUAUCCUGGUCCAAGCCAACGAUUUGAAGAUCGACGAGAGCUCUCUAACGGGAGAGUCUGACCACGUACGCAAAUCUGUGGAAAAGGACCCAAUGCUGCUCUCAGGCACUCACGUGAUGGAGGGUUCAGGCCGCAUGCUGGUGACGGCAGUUGGCGUCAACUCGCAGACGGGCAUCAUCUUCACGCUGCUUGGGGCCGGAGAUGUGGAAGAAGAUGGCAAAGAAAAGAAAGAGGACAGUACUCAGUUGCUGGUCAACACAGACGCCAGUUUCAGCACAGUCACCAACGGAAAACAACCCGAUGGCGCCGUGGAGAACAACCAGAACAAAGCCAAGAAGCAAGAUGGCGGUGUCGCCAUGGAGAUGCAGCCCCUCAAGAGCGCGGAGGGAGGAGAAGUGGAGGACCGAGAGAAGAAGAAGACCAACAUACCGAAGAAGGAGAAGAGUGUCUUGCAGGGCAAGCUCACCAAACUGGCGGUUCAAAUUGGCAAAGCAGGUUUAGUGAUGUCUGCCAUUACUGUUAUCAUCCUGGUGCUCUACUUUGUCAUCGACACCUUUGUUGUUGACGGCCACGUUUGGGUGACAGAAUGUACGCCGGUCUACGUCCAGUACUUUGUCAAGUUCUUCAUCAUUGGAGUCACCGUGCUUGUGGUCGCCGUGCCGGAGGGUUUGCCGCUCGCCGUCACCAUCUCUCUGGCCUACUCUGUCAAGAAAAUGAUGAAGGACAACAACCUUGUGCGCCACCUGGACGCGUGUGAGACCAUGGGCAACGCCACUGCCAUCUGCUCCGACAAGACGGGCACGCUCACCACCAACCGCAUGACCGUGGUUCAGGCUUACAUCAGUGAUGUGCACCACCGCGUGAUCCCGGACCCAGGACAGCUCAACCCCCGGACACUGGACAUAUUGGUCAACGCUAUCGCCAUCAACAGUGCCUACACCUCCAAGAUCUUACCACCGGAUGUGGAGGGAGGUCUGGCCAAGCAAGUGGGCAACAAGACGGAGUGUGGCCUCCUGGGAUUUGUACUGGACCUGCAACAAGACUACAUGCCUGUCAGAGAGCAGAUCCCUGAAGAGAGACUCUACAAGGUGUAUACCUUUAACUCGGUGCGUAAAUCCAUGAGCACAGUGACCAAGCUGCCAGAUGGUUCCUUCCGUCUCUACAGCAAAGGAGCCUCCGAGAUCAUGCUAAAAAAGUGUUCUUACAUACUCGAUCCCAACGGAGAAUCUCGGACUUUCCGCCCACGUGACAGAGAUGAGAUGGUCAAACAGGUGAUCGAGCCGAUGGCAUGUGAGGGGCUGAGGACCAUUUGCAUCGCUUACCGUGACCUGCCCAACAAUCCAGAACCCGACUGGGAAAACGAGGCCGAGAUCGUGACGGAGUUGACCUGCAUCACUGUGGUCGGGAUUGAAGAUCCAGUACGACCUGAGGUACCGGAGGCCAUCCGGAAGUGUCAGCGUGCGGGCAUUACUGUGCGGAUGGUGACUGGUGAUAACAUCAACACAGCCAGGGCCAUUGCUGCCAAAUGUGGAAUCAUCCACCCUGGGGAUGACUUUAUCUGCCUCGAGGGCAAAGACUUCAACCGACGAAUCAGGAACGAGAAAGGAGAGAUUGAACAAGAACGCAUCGAUAAAAUCUGGCCUAAACUGCGCGUGUUGGCUCGCUCUUCACCAACAGACAAACACACUCUUGUCAAAGGCAUCAUUGACAGCAGCGUCCUUGAACAGAGGCAAGUGGUCGCAGUGACAGGCGAUGGAACCAACGAUGGACCAGCUCUGAAGAAGGCUGAUGUCGGCUUCGCUAUGGGCAUCGCGGGGACAGACGUGGCGAAAGAGGCAUCUGACAUCAUCCUGACCGAUGACAACUUCAGCAGCAUCGUCAAGGCGGUGAUGUGGGGACGAAACGUCUACGACAGCAUCUCCAAGUUCCUGCAGUUCCAGCUCACAGUGAACGUGGUGGCCGUCAUAGUGGCCUUCACCGGGGCCUGCAUCACUCAGGACUCACCUCUGAAGGCAGUGCAGAUGCUGUGGGUGAACCUCAUCAUGGACACGUUUGCUUCCUUGGCCCUGGCCACCGAGCCCCCUACUGAGGCACUGUUGCUACGGAAACCCUACGGCCGCAACAACCCGCUCAUUUCCCUCACCAUGAUGAAAAACAUCUUGGGCCACGGAGUGUACCAACUCGUCAUCAUCUUCACCCUGCUCUUCAUAGGCGAGCGCAUUUUCAACAUCGACAGCGGCCGCAACGCUCCGCUCCACUCGCCGCCGUCCGAGCACUACACCAUCAUCUUCAACACGUUUGUGCUCAUGCAGCUCUUCAACGAGAUCAACGCACGCAAGAUCCACGGGGAGCGCAAUGUCUUUGACGGCAUAUUUUCCAACCCCAUCUUCUGCUCCAUUGUUCUGGGGACCUUUGCAAUGCAGAUCGUGAUUGUGCAGUGGGGAGGGAAGCCGUUCAGCUGCGCUCCGCUCAACAUGGAGCAGUGGCUCUGGUGUCUGUUCGUGGGAGUUGGAGAGCUGCUCUGGGGUCAGGUAAUUGCCACCGUGCCGACGGAGCGGCUGCCGUGCCUGAAGGAGGCGGGGCUUGGUCUGGAGCCGGGGGAGGAGGAAGGGGAGGAGCUUGCAGAGGAUGAAGAGGAGAUUGAUUGUGCUGAGAGGGAGUUGCGUCGUGGACAGAUCCUCUGGUUCAGAGGCCUCAACCGCAUCCAGACUCAGAUGGAGGUAGUGAGCACGUUCAAGCGAAGCGGCUCGUUUCAGGGAGCAGUGAGAAGGCGCUCCUCCGUGCUCAGUCAGCUCCACGACAUGCGGGUGGUGAAAGCGUUCCGUAGUUCUCUGUACGAGGGCCGGGAGAAGCCAGAGUCCCGCAACUCCAUCCACAACUUCAUGGCCCACCCGGAGUUCCUCAUCAACGACCUCAUCCACAACAUCCCGCUGAUCGACGACACCGACGUGGACGACGAGUCCGAGCUCAGCAGAUACCAGCACGUGCACCCGGCCCUUCGCAAGCCGCCGCCCCCGCCCGCCCAGUCCCAGCCCGCGUCCCGCAGCCGCCCCACCCGCCCGUACCGCCAGCACAGCCUCCCAGUGACCCGGUGCAACCGGAACAACAACAACAACAGCAGCACCUCGCCGGUCGCCCCCGGCAACUACCGUCCCCAUCAUCGCCACCAUCGACAUUGCGGCAGGGACCGGUUGGGGAAGCCCCCCGGCCCUCACCUGGCCCACCUGUACUGUGUGGAGACCACCUUAUGACUGGGCGGGGAGGAAAGGGAGGACGCACAUGUGACAUUUCCAUCCAAUCGCUCGACAGGGCGGAUAUGCGGGAGGACAAUGGCUGCUCCUAGAUCUCCAUGACGACACCCCCCCUCCCCACCACCACCCCUUCCCCCACCCUCACCUUGACCCUCCACCCCUCCAGGUAACGAGCUGUGGGUUUGGGGCUAUAGGGCGGCAUGGGGACCACUCUCUCCCGCGUUCCUAUUGGUCACAUGUGGUUGCCAUGACGCCGCAAUGAUCCGCUCGUCGUCCAAUCGUUCAAGCUUUAACUCAUCGUCUGUCACCCCCGCAUGAUAUUUCUUUGAUUUCCUCUCUCUCUCUCUCACUACGUGUGUGUUGUCUCUUAUGGGGGGGGGGAUAACAAAAACAGAAACUUGUUAGAAAAAUACCAAUUUCAGACAAAUAUUAUCCAUUUAGUAUAUGUUGUUUAUUUGAAGCGACAACAAAAAACGUGUCGUAACAGUCGCCAAUACUUCCCCACAUGAUAUAAUGUACGUGUAUGUGUGUGUGUGUGUAUGUGUGAUUCACACACACACACACAUGUAUAUGCAGAACUGUUGUUGGGUGUCCAUGAAUAUGUUUUUUUUAAGCGAAAACUUAAAACUUGUCAUAUCAGUCGCCAAUACAUGAUAUGAUAUACACGUAUGUGUGUGUGAAUCACACACACAUACAUGUAUAUGUGACACAUUGGGCCAUGCAUAUGCAGAACCGAUUUUCGGCGUCUCGACUCCUUCUCAUUGAGCCUAUCAGUAAAAGACGGACAUACAGUACGUUUGUGUAUGAAUAUGUUUAGAUUUUUUAAGCAAAAACCUGACACUUGUCAUAACAAUCGGCAAUACUUCCCCAAAUGAUAGGAUGUACGUGUAUGUGUGUGUGAUUGACACACACAUACACGUAUUUGCGACACAUUGGGCGAUGCAAAUGCAGAACCGAUGUUCGGCGUCUCGACCGCUCCUCAUUAAGCCUACCAGUAAAGGAAGGAUAUACAUGUAUUAAUAUGUUGUUUUUUUGGAGCGAAAACCUAAAACUUGUCAUAUCAGUCACCAAUACUUCCCCACAUAAUAUGAUGUACAUGUAAGUGUGUGUGUGAUUCACACACUCACACACACACACACUUACAUGCAGUUAAUUGGGCCGAUGCGUAUGCAGAACCGAUGUUCGGCGUGUCUCAUUAAGCCUACCAGUAUUGGAAGGACAUACAGUAUAUUUAUGUACGGAUGUUUGUUUUUUAAGCGAAAACCUAAAAAUUGUCAUAUCAGUUGCCGAUACUUCCCCACUUAAUAUGAUGUACGUGUAUGUAUGUCUGUGUGUGUGUGUGUGUGUGUGUGUGUGUGUGUGUGUGUGUGUGUGUGUGUGUGUGUGUGUUUGUGUGUGUGUGUGUGUGUGAGUGAGUCACACAUACACGUAUAUGCAGCACAUUGGGCAGAUGCAUACGCGUUCUGCGUCUCUCAUUAAGCCUACCAGUAAUGGAAGAAUAUACAGUAUAUGUGUGUAUGAACGUUCUUUUUAAGCGAAAACCUAAAAUUUGUGUACGUAUAUGUGUGUGCCAAUCACACACACAUACAUGUACAUACGGUACAUUGGGCCGAUGCAUAUGCAGAACCGAUGUUCGGCGUCUCUCAUUAACCUUACCAGUAAUGGAAGGAUAUACAGUAUAUUUGUGUAUGAAUAUGUUUAGUUUUUUUAUCAGUCGCCAAUACCCCACAUGAUAUGAUGUACGUGUAUGUGUGUGUGAUUCACACACAUACAGGUAUAUGUAGCACAUUGGGCCGAUGCAUAUGUAGAACCGAUGUUCGGCGUCUCGACCGUUCCUCAUUCUCGACGUUCUCUCCCCCACCCUCCAAACUUUGCUUUGCUUCAUGGUUUUUCCUUUGGGAGGGUGCAAAAAAAGCAACAAAAAAAAAAAAAAAACAAGCUGAGUGCUGGCGAAGCGUUAUCCCUUUAAGCGGCAUCAGGUCACAACGCACAGACGACGGCCCUUUAAGACGCACAUGCACUCACCUGCUCACAUGCCAUCGGGGUCACCGCCAUCGCAAACAGGCCCCGCCCCCAAAGAGGAUGACGUAAGAUGGGUUGGACAUGAUCAUAUUUUAUUUCUUUACAGCUGAAGGCCGCGAGUGUGACCGUGCGCGCGCGACUUGCAGGGCAAACCAAGGACAUGAGGCCAGAAUGUUUAUUUUAACUCUCAAUAAAUUCUGAUCGUUGUUUUUUUUAUUUUUAACUGUUAAAUCUAGCGCUACUGACGCAUCAAUGGACUAUUUUUUGGUUUUUGGGUGUACUUCCUGUGUUUUGGGUCUGCUUCCUGUUUCACGCUCUUAUUUUGCUCCCGUUUCCUGUUUUU